AUGUCUCACCUUCAUGGAGUAAGGAGAGGUGGAGAGCAAGAAAUCACAGCAAAUGUCAUGGCCUGUGAAGAAAAUCAAGUCCUGACCAACAACCAGACAGAGACCAGUGAAAAUGACUCUUCUGAAGGGUCUAGACACGAGGACCAAAUUGCCUUAGAAGAGUCGUCUGUUAUGGUGAGGCUGGGUCCUAACAGUGUUGAUAUGACAGAGGAGGAAUUGGAGGCUGCUUUCUCUCAGCUGUCUCUGGCCUUUCGCUGUGACCAGUACACGGAGAUGGAGGAACACGCUCGGGACAAUGCUGAGGACAACCUCAAACUGGAAGUGGAAAGAGGCAUGGAAGUGCUCGAGACACUCAAGGGAAUGUGUUUAGAUAUCAAACGUGCCGGGCUUCUCCGGCAUCUUGUGUUGUCUCUUAACAUUAUCGGAGGCACCAUCGGACGAAUCUCCAAGACAGCAGAGGUUCUUGGGGCUGUGCAUCAGGAGGCUAAAGUGAGCCGUGCAGUGGAACUCAUGGUGGCUCAUGUGGAGAACCUGAAGCGCCGUCACGUGAGGAACAGCGUUGAACAGGAGGAGAUGAAGAAACAGAUGCAAGCAGAGGGCCACAUACGGCGUAGAAUCAGUACAAACAUCAUUGCAAAGCAAAUCCAGGUCGGUGCACAAUGA